AUGAAGCUGUAUAUAUCGGCAAGUGGGAUUAAGAGACUGACGGUGUCCGGUGUCGCCGCCGCGGGCGACGGCGUUUGGCGGGGGAUGAAGGGAAAGCUUGGGCUGCUUUUGCCGUUUCUUUUCGUGAGAACUGCUUUUCUAGUGCUUGAAUCGGCGGCUCUCUGCUCUUCCUCUAUCGGGUGUGUGACAUGGAGGUUUUUUGGCGGGAGCGAUGCUGCCCUGCUCAGAGAGGAGCUGACGAGGGCCUUGCUGGAGGCAACUACAAGUAAUGAUGAUGAUGGGGUUGGAAUUGGACUUGGGGCAGUGGAGGCUUCAAAUUCUGGACCAGUUUCAUUCAGGGAUCUUGUCAAGGAUGUGACGCUAAACAGACAAGACAUUAAGACCUUCGCUUUUAAGACCAAGGCCAUGAUCGCGAAGAUGGAACAAAUUGUUAAAACAGCUAAGCGCCAUGAAUCUAUGUACUGGCAUCUAGCUGCUCAAGGUGUACCCAAGAGCCUUCACUGUCUUUCGCUUAAACUGGCUGAAGAAUAUGCUGUAAAUGCUGCAGCACGUUCACGAUUACCUCUGCCUCAAUAUGUUUACCGCCUGACAGACCCUUUUUUUCAUCAUGUUGUUCUUCUAACUGACAAUGUUCUUGCUGCUUCUGUUGUUAUCUCCUCUACCAUCAAUUCGUCAACUGAUCCUGAAAAGUUGGUCUUCCAUGUGGUCACUGACAAGAAGACGUACACAUCCAUGUAUGCAUGGUUUGCAGUAAACAGAAUUGAUUCUGCAGUUGUUGAAGUAAAGGGCUUGCAUCAGUACGAUUGGUCUCAUAAGGUAAACGUCGCUAUUAAGGAGAUGCUAGAAAUUCAUCACCAAAUUUGGAAUCACAACUACCGCAGCCUGAAGAAGGAAGACUUUGAAUAUGAGGAAGAAAAUGAUCACAAACUAGAUGUCCUAAGCCCCAGCUGUAUAUCCCUUUUAAAUCACCUCCGCAUUUAUCUCCCUGAGCUGUUUCCAGAUCUGAAGAAAGUUGUGUUCUUGGACGAUGAUGUUGCAGUACAACAUGACUUAUCGUCUCUGUGGGACUUGGAUCUCGAUCAGAAAGUAGUGGGUGCAGUUGUUGACUCGUGGUGCGGACCUGACUGUUGUCCGGGAAGAAAGUACAAAGAUUACUUCAAUUUCACAGACCCCAUCAUAUCCUCUAACUUGGAUCCAGAUCGUUGUGGAUGGCUAUAUGGGGUGAAUGUUUUCAACCUCAAAAGAUGGAGGAAGACUAACAUCACUGCUGUAUAUCAUCAAUGGCUUAAACUAAGCCUGAACUCUGGUUUUGCAUUAUGGCAUCCCGGAGCGCUUCCACCCGCAUUACUUGCGUUUGAAGGUCACAUGCACCGUCUUGAUCCUUCAUGGCACAUAGCCGGUCUGGGCUAUCGCUAUGGGAGAGGAGACAAACUCAUGCUGGAAACCGCAGCCGUUGUGCAUUUCAGCGGCGCUGCAAAGCCAUGGCUCGAAAUGGCGUCCCCAGAGGUGAGAGGUAUGUGGACUAAACAUCUAAAUUUAUCAAAUGAGCAUAUUAGGAGAUGUGGAAUAACAGGCUGAGAAGGAUAAUAUACAAUAUAUGUAUACCCAAGUGGAUGGCUCGGGAAUUUCCCAUAUCUAGCCACGGUAGGGCGUUUAGGCGCUACUUCGGUUUAAAGCUGGAGGAAUUGUUUGGGAUAGAGGGAAGAAGGUUUAGCCUUCAGUCUCAUCUCAGGCGCCGCUCCACUGUUGAUAAUAAGCUUAUAGAAGUUAGCCGAAAUACAUUUACAAAAGUUUAUUAGGUCGUCGAAGAAUAUAUAUAUAUAUUAAUGUAAAUUUAUAUAUGGUUACUAUCAUGUAAAUUUAUCUCAGUCAUGUUUUCUAUAAUAAUAUGAAUAUAUUGCUUUUGUGCA